AUGACCCGGAGAUCAGGACAGAAGCGGAGACAAUACACAAACACACUGGAAUCAAUACUUCAGCACUUUCUAAAACCGCUGCAGCCUUUCCUGCAGCCUGUGGACAUCGAGAACAUCUUCAUCAAUAUUGAAGAUCUGGCCAAGACUCAUCGCUCUCUGCUUCACGAGCUGCAGGAGUCCAUACUGCAUUUACGAGCCGAGAAUCUCUAUCAGAUCUUCAUCGACUACAAGGAGAGGCUGUUGCUGUAUGGACGUUACUGCAGUCAGGUGGAAGCCGCCACCAAACACCUAGACAAAAUCACCAGCACGCAUGAAGAUGUGAAAAUGAGACUGGAGGAGUGCUCAGUGAGAGCCAACAGCGGCAGGUUUUCACUGCGAGAUCUGCUGAUGGUUCCCAUGCAGAGAGUCCUGAAGUAUCAUCUGCUGCUGCAGAGUCAUAAGAAGGUUGGGAGCGAUGUGGAGAGACGCGGCGCUGAGCUGGAAAAGACUUCCUGCCCGAAGACAAGGACGCCAAUAAGUUUGUCACCCGAAGAGGUUUGUGAUGAAUUUUCAGUCGUAACAGCAGCAGAGUGA